AUGGAAGAGAAUGUUAAUGACAUCCCUGUGCGAGCAGAAGAUGCUUUACGAACGAAGCGAAAGUACCUAAGUCCAUUCUCUCGCUCUGGUACUUACACCGCCAGCAAUUACAAAGUCAACACAGACAGGCUUCCUAUCCUCAGCCGUUUUGCUGUCAAUGUCGACGAGCUUGCUACUAGAGUACAACCAGCACGGCAAUUGAUGGAUAUGGCUAAUCUCCCGUUUGUAACUUGCGAGCAGUCCAAAGAAACAGGUCUCUUUGAGAUCAAAAAGUCACCGUUCAACGUCCCUCGAAGAGUUCCAAAGUCUGUGAUUUGGGAAUCACCGCGCGUGAAAGGCAAAUGGAGAAUGGAGAGAGAGAAGGGACCCGCCACACAUUUCCCAACACACCUUCUUGACAUCCUUGAACACUGGCAUGAAAACAAUGGCGUUGAGCCGCCGCCUUGUUUCUGGAAAGGCCAGAUUGAGGGAACAAAGAAGUGGGGUAACUUCAAGGUGUUUGACCGAGAGGGCGAGGAACAUGAGAUUUCAAUCAUCAGAGUCUCAUGCACUGCACCAAGGUAUCGGACAUACUGCAUCAUACUUCUCCAUUCAGAGGAUGAAGCAGAUGUUUUCAUUGAUUACAGCGACACCCGCACUAUCAAAGCUAACGACCAGGUCAGGUACGAUUGCCAGUUUUUGACUGCCUGGCAUGGUGCGAGACAUGGAUUUGAGCGUUUAGAUUGUGCGAUCCAUGUUUGGGCUGAACCAGGACGCAAGAUUCACUUUUGCCCCUCAUGGUUCGACCGCCGCGAUUCAGUUGCACAAGGAUUCAGAACUCGUGCUAGGGGCAGAAGCCCAUACCCUGCUGUGCCAAUGACCCCCACCCCAGGCGACCAGCACGGAGGUUACUACACUUUCAACUCUAUUGGUAGUAAAAUCUCUGCUUCAUCUUCCAAGAAGCCCGUUCCUGAUGCCGACUCAGACGAAGAAGGUAUUGUUGCUCCGACUCUACCGCUGAACCGAUCACUGUUUUCUCCUACCUCCAUUCGUUUCAAACUCUUUUCAGAAGCCUCACCACACGAACGGGUCUUCUGUUUCAAUAAUCCCAUUUCCAGUGAUGCAAUUUUCAAGAAAGCCCGGGAAUUCCUUCCGGAAGCGGAGAUGUCGCGUGGGAUGGGCCUCUUGUGCAAAGUUCCUGGACAAGCGCAGAUUCGGUACAUUGGAGAAGGGUGUGCUGAUGAGUUUGAUAUUCUCUGUGAAGACAUACGGAGAAUGUCGCUGCGCAACUCCGGUGUCAGCACAAUUGAAGUGAAGCCAUAUCGAAUGGCCUACGGUGUUUAG